AUGCCCGGCGACGGCGUCAGGGCAGCCAAAGCCGUCAAGGACAAGCGGUUGCGGCCCCUCAGGCUCAAGGUGGUGUUUGUGGGCCCGUUCAAGUCCGGGAAGACGAGCGUGAUCCGCAGGUACUGCCAGGGCGCGUUCACGGACCGGCAUCUGGAGACAAUAGGCAUCGACUUCGGCGUCCGGCAGCUGAAGAUCGGCAACUUCGACGUGCACAUCAACAUCUUUGAUGCGGGGGGGCUCAACGAGUACCGGGACGUGCGCACCGAGUUCUACGGUGACGCGAACGGCGCGGUGCUGGUGUACGACGUCUCGGACCUCAAGUCGCUCGACCGCUGCGACUGGUGGAUGGCCGAGAUGGAGCGCCACGGCAUGCACGACGCCGCCAUCCUGGUCGCGGGGAACAAGACGGACGAGGACCCGCGGGUGGUCUCGGAGGCGCAGGGGCGGUCGUUUGCGGCGCGGCACGGCUGCGCGCACUUCGACGUGUCGGCCAAGUCCGGGGCCGGCGUCGGGGAGCUCAUGGCCACGCUGGUGGCGCGCAUGAUCUCCGCGGUGCCCGAGGUGCCGGACGAGCUCGUGCUGGCGGCGGAGAAGGCGCUCGAAGAGUACUAG